AUGUUACAUGCCUAUCAACAAUCAUUAGAAUGUGCUAAACCUAUUCGAAAGUUAACUCAAGCACGAAAAUAUAUUAUUUAUAUUGGAUUAGAAACAGUAUAUAGAGAAAGACUUAAACAAAUCUAUGAACCUGUUAAACAUCGAUUAGAUUAUCAACUUGCUUUACAAAAUGCACGAAAAGAUUUUGAAAGAACGAAUAUGAUUAAUUGGAUUAGAAAUAAAGUUAAACAAUCAAUUAGAGAUAAACAAGAAAAACGAUACCUUACAAUCAUGUUUACAACAACUUAA